CCAUGACUCAGCGCUUCUCACAGGCUGCCCCGCCGGGGACACCGGCUCCGCUCCGGCUCCUCCCGCCGCGUCCACCCCCUCUCGCCACCCACGCCCGCCCCCGCCGCUGGGCUUUUACUCGCGCGGCCGCCCGCCGGCGCAGUCAGCACCGCAGCUCGGGCGGCCUCCGGCGCCUGCUCCCGCGCGUGCCCGCAGACGCUCCUGGCAGCCCCGCCGCGCCGCCGCCCGCCCGCCCGCCAUGGAGCCGCAAGCAGCCCGCUGCCGCCGCACCCACCAGCGCGGCUACGCCGUGACGCGGAACCCCCACCUCAACAAGGACUUGGCUUUUACACUGGAAGAGAGACAGCAGUUGAACAUUCAUGGAUUAUUACCACCUUGUUUCAUCAGUCAGGAUGUCCAAGUCCUCAGAAUAAUUAAGAAUUUUGAACGACUGAAUUCAGACUUUGACAGGUAUCUCCUCUUAAUGGAUCUUCAAGAUAGAAAUGAGAAGCUCUUUUAUAAAGUGCUAGUGUCUGACAUUGAGAAAUUCAUGCCUAUUGUCUAUACUCCUACUGUGGGUCUGGCUUGCCAGCUGUACAGUUUAGCAUUUCGAAAGCCAAGAGGUCUGUUUAUUAGUAUCCAUGAUCGAGGGCAUAUUGCAUCAGUUCUUAAUGCCUGGCCAGAAGAUUUUAUCAAGGCUGUUGUAGUGACUGAUGGAGAACGUAUUCUUGGCUUGGGAGAUCUUGGUUGUAAUGGAAUGGGCAUCCCUGUGGGUAAAUUGGCUCUGUACACAGCUUGUGGAGGGAUGAAUCCUCAGGAAUGCUUGCCUGUCACUCUGGAUGUGGGAACAGAAAAUGAGGAGUUACUUAAAGAUCCACUGUAUAUUGGACUGCGACAGAGGAGAGUAAGAGGUCCUGAGUAUGAUGACUUUUUAGAUGAAUUCAUGGAGGCAGUUUCUUCCAAGUAUGGCAUGACUUGCCUUAUCCAGUUUGAAGAUUUUGCUAAUAGAAAUGCAUUUCGUCUCCUGAACAAGUAUCAAUUCAAGUAUUGCACAUUCAAUGAUGAUAUUCAAGGAACAGCAUCUGUAGCAGUUGCAGGUAUUCUCGCUGCCCUCCGAAUAACCAAGAAGAAACUGUCUGAUCAAACAAUACUUUUCCAAGGAGCUGGAGAGGCUGCCCUAGGAAUUGCCCACCUGCUUGUUAUGGCCAUGGAAAAAGAAGGUUUUCCAAGAGAAAAAGCCAUAAAAAGAAUAUGGUUAGUUGACUCAAAAGGGUUAAUAGUUAAGGGCCGUGUUGCUUUAACACUCGAGAAAGAGGAAUUUGCCCAUGAACAUAAAGAAAUGAAGAACCUGGAAGAUAUUGUUCAAAAAAUAAAACCAACUGCCCUUAUAGGAGUUGCUGCAAUUGGUGGUGCAUUUACAGAAAAAAUUCUCAAAGAUAUGGCUGCCUUCAAUGAACGGCCUAUUGUUUUUGCUUUGAGUAAUCCAACUAGCAAAGCAGAGUGUACUGCAGAACAAUGCUAUACACUAACCCAGGGACGUGCAAUUUUUGCCAGUGGCAGUCCUUUUGAUCCAGUCACUCUUCCAAAUGGACAAACACUAUAUCCUGGCCAAGGCAACAAUUCCUAUGUGUUUCCUGGAGUUGCUCUUGGUGUUGUGGCGUGUGGAUUGAGACAUAUCACGGAUAAGAUUUUCCUCAUUACUGCUGAGGUACUGUAAAAUACUCUUCAGUUC